AGCCGUCGUCAGGCCGGUGGUGGAUGCUGCGGAUGCGGUGUUUCUCCCGCUGGACCACCUGGGCCACCUGGUCCAGACGGAGAGCCUGGAGGUGAUGGACAGCCAGGACGUCCAGGAAAUGAUGGCCCUGAUGGACCACCAGCCACACCCGCCCCACAGGUCAACCCUUGCUACAACUGCCCCCCUGGCCCACCAGGACCCCCAGGAAACCCAGGAGGCCAAGGACAGCCAGGAAACCCAGGAUCAGACGGACAACCAGGAAACCCUGGAAACCCAGGAGGAGCUGGACAGCCUGGACCACCAGGACCACCCGGAAACCCUGGAGCACCAGGAAACCCAGGAGCACCUGGAUCACCCGGAACACUCAACACCGUACCCGGACCUCAAGGACCACCUGGACCACCUGGACCACAAGGACCUCCCGGACCUGAUGGAAACCCUGGAGGCCCAGGAAACAAUGGUAACGAUGGACCACCAGGACCUCCUGGAGACAACGGAAACCCAGGAUCACCUGGACAGCCUGGUGACGAUGGAGCCCACGGAGAUGAUGGAGAUAAUGGAGGACCAGGAGGUUGCGAUCACUGCCCUCCACCUCGCACUGCUCCAGGAUAUUAAAU